AUGCCCCAGAACGAGUAUAUCGAGCGCUGGACAAAGCAGCACGGUAAGCGCUUGGACCACGACGAGCGAGUCCGCAAGCGUGAAGCCCGUCAAUCCCAUCAGCAGUCCAAGGAUGCGCAGAACCUCCGCGGUUUGAGGGCCAAGCUGUACCAGCAGAAGCGCCAUGCCGAGAAGAUCCAGAUGAGGAAGCGCAUCAAGGCGCAGGAGGAGAAGAACGUCAAGUCAUCCGCGCCCAGCGAGCCCUCCAAGACGCCCCUCCCGCAAUACUUGCUUGACCGCUCCGAGGCUACGAAUGCGAAGGCUCUGUCCAGCGCUAUUAAGGACAAGCGGGCGGAGAAGGCGGCCAAGUUCGCCGUGCCCCUGCCUAAGGUUAAGGGUAUUAGUGAGGAGGAGAUGUUCAAGGUUGUCAAUACCGGGAAGAAGACGCAUAAGAAGUCGUGGAAGCGGAUGAUAACGAAGCCGACAUUUGUUGGAAACGACUUUACGCGGAGACCUGUGAAAUAUGAGCGCUUCAUCCGUCCUAUGGGUCUGCGAUACAAGAAGGCCAACGUUACACAGUAUGUUCUUUCCCUAGCGACCAUUGGGGUCUAUCUGGGCUUCACUGACAAGUUCUCUUGCAGCCCCGAAAUGGCCGUCACCGUCCAGCUACCCAUCCUAUCCGUCAAGAAGAACCCUCAGAACCCGCUCUAUACUCAGCUCGGUGUUCUCACUAAGGGAACUGUUAUUGAGGUCAACGUAUCUGAACUCGGUAUUGUCACGGCUGGAGGAAAGGUUGCCUGGGGUAAAUACGCCCAGAUCACGAACACGCCUGAAAAUGACGGCUGUGUUAAUGCUGUCCUCCUCGUCUGAUCACCUUGCUGCCAGAGAAAGACAGUGUCUGUCUAUCUUCCUUCGUGAUACCAUUCGUGUCCUAGACUUCAGCUCUUUUUCUUACAUUUAUUACGUUCACGGACGGCGUUUUUGGCGUCACACUGUCAUCUCGAUUGUGUUCUAAGAAAAGUAUAUCAAAUGAUAUUUACCUCGGUCAAUGC